AUGGCUGCAGUCAGCUCAACUUCCACACUGUACGAGGUUCUUGGGCUCACAAUGGGUGCAAGUGGGCAUGAGAUCAAGGCAGCCUACAGGAGGCUAGCCAGAAGCUGCCACCCAGAUGUUGUGGCCACGAACCAAAAACAAACGUCCGCUAAUGAGUUCAUGAAAAUCCAUGCAGCUUAUGCAAUCCUGUCAGACCCUGAUAAAAGAGCAAACUAUGAUAGGGAUUUCUACAGGUGUCCACAGCCUUUUCGCUCUUCUUCCUAUUCGUCUGCGAGCAUGGCGGCAGCCGCCUCGGCAAUGGCGGGGUCUUCGAGACGGACUUACCGGAAUUGGGAGACCGAUCAGUGUUGGUAG